ACCAUCGUCGAAGUUGCCGCGCAGGUCUCUCCCUGACUCUCACCGUCGCCGUUACCCUCUCCCGUGCAGUCUCGCUUUCCCUCCUCAGUCACCAUGGCUAAGAGGCCUAAGAAGAAUAUCUUCAAGUCUUUUCGGCGACAGCCCUCCUCUACGCCUGAGCACAAGUCAAGACCUGCGAGUAAGGGAUUUCAUCGCCUCAUGUCGCUCCUGUGUCAGGGAGGUUCCUCGCCGUCCCCACAUAUGUCGAGGUCGCCAAGCCCAUCCCGAAGACAAUCCAGUUCGCAGGCAGUGCGCCCCCAAGCAGACUCGCUGCUCGAGCAUUCAGAUGCCCGCCUCCCAGCGGGGGCCUCCGAUUCCGACGCUCCCAGCUCAGGCGAACAACCUGCCGAUCCAGGCGAGGGCGUCGAACCCCCUGCAACGUAUGAGUCCCCCAGUAGGGCCAUGAUAGGCCUAGCUGUGUUCAAAAGCGCGCUGCAGAUCACGGAGAGGGCCGCCGACGUCUUUCCCCCUCUCAAGUCAGCCGUGGGAGGUCUGCUGGGAAUCCUCGACUUGGUCGAGACGGUUGUCGAUGUGCAUGAAAAAUUCAAGCGCAUCGCAGAGAAAGUCUCCCUCAUGACGGAGGUGGUUGAGAUGUAUCGAUCUUUGGACUCAGGCCGUCAGGGCGAGAUGAUGAAGUACCUGGACAAGGUCGCGGACGAACUCAACGCAGUGGAGGAAAUCGUACAAAAGAAACAGGAUCGCAAGAUUAGCAAACGCAUAGUUCUUGCGCCAGCCGACGUCGACGAAGUUGAACGACAGUUCCGUGCUGUUGGGGAUGCCACGGACCUUUUCCUUUUGUUAGUCAACGUACGCCAGAUUGCGGCAUUGGAAGAGUUGCGUAGGCUUAAUCAGUCAUCGCAUGCAAACUCAGCCAGCCGGAUCCAGUUUGAUUACCUGGACAAGCUGUCUGGGAGUGAGUCGGCCCGCUACGAUGCGAUAGACAUCCCCUUCUGUACCACGGACACCCGCAUUCAGCUCCUCGAAGACGUCUUUACUUGGGCAGCAUGCAACGAGGGCGAGGAUGUACCGUCGAUCUUCUUCCUGAACGGAGUCGCGGGAUCUGGGAAGAGCACUAUUGCGAAGACGUUGUGCGCUUCGUGGAAUCACGCAGGCCGCCUGGGUGCUAGUUUUUUCUGCUCUCGCCGCAAGGCCGAGCAGCGGGAUGUGCGGUCCAUCUUUCGGACACUUGCGUACCUCCUAUCACUGUCUUCACCCUCAUUCGCGGAUGAGGUCGUCAAGGUGCUGCGAGAGAACCCGCUCGCUGCCAGUGCGAACAUCGAGGAGCAGUUUCGUCUUCUGAUCUCCGAUCCAGCGACUGCCGCGUUCACUGCAGUGGGUCCAGUGCCAGUCGUCGUCGUGGAUGCUCUUGAUGAAUGCGAUGACGCGGAUGCGACAGAAAACCUGCUGAAGGUCAUCGUAAAACACGGACGCCAGCUGCCUCUCAAGUUCUUCAUAACUAGCCGGCCCGAGCAUCACAUCAGGACCAUGUUCAGGCAGCCAGGCUCGCGACAUCUACGGCUGCGUGACAUCGAGCGCGAUAUUGUUGACGAAGACAUCCGUAUAUCUCUGACGGCAGAACUGUCCGAUUUUGAAGAUGUUCAGUUGUCUCCCGAGGACAUCAAGAUUCUUGUGGACCGCUCGCAGGGUCUGUUCAUCUAUGCGGCCACGGCAUGCAAAUACAUCAAAGCGCGUGAUGUACCAGAGCCUCCGCAGGAGCGGCUACGUGAACUGGUUGCUCCGCAUGCAGAUCAUCCCCCCACCGGUAUUGAUGAGAUGUACGACUACAUCCUUGGCCAAGCUCUUCAGCGCUUGAAUGGCGACCAGUCGACGAGGGUUCUGCGGUGCUUACACGCAGUCGUCUGCGCGCGCAAUCCCCUCUCUGUCCCCGAAUUAGCGCACUUGCUAUGCCUCACCCCUGACCAGGUCCGCUAUGCACUCGUCGCUUUGCAUUCCGUGAUCAACGUCCCCGACCAUGACGAGGAACACGGUCUCCUGACAACAUACCAUGCUUCCUUCCCAGACUAUCUCACUACACGGACGCGGUCUGGAUCAAAGCGAUGGGCGGCAGACACUGGAGCGACACAUCGCGACCUUUUCCUCGGGUGUAACAAAAUCAUGGAGACUGGCCUGUUCUUCAACGUGUCGGGGUGUAGCACAUCGUACGCCAGCAAUGCAAAGCAGCCGUCGCGUCGAGAGCUCCCUUCGUAUCUCGUUUACGCGUGUCGAUUCUGGAUCGAACACCUGACCAUGUCGUCCGUCUCGGAGGAACGAGCGACUCAGGAUGUCUUGGCUUUCUUCGAAAACAAGUUCCUAUACUGGCUGGAGGUGUUGAGUGUUUGUAACUACACAAAUGUAGCGUCUUCACUGAUCAUGAGGCUGGAAGUCUGGCUUCGGGAACAGCAAACCAGACAAAACACGGAAAACGCGGACGUGUCACGAUGUCUGCGGCUUCUGCUGGACGCGAAUGACUUCCUCAUUCGCUUUGGGAUGCCGAUUCACGACAGUGCACCACAUAUAUACAUCUCGGCUCUUGCGUUCACACCUCCAAAGUCGCAGAUCAGCCAGGUAUAUCGCGCUCUACUGGAGCGUCGAUUGAAGGUGGAUACUGCGGAACGGCUCACACCAUUACCCCUCCUGGAGAUACACGAACAAUCCCACGUUCGCGCACUAGCCUUCUCAGCCGACAGCAGUUGGAUCGUGUCUGCCGGAAACGACGUCCGCCGCUGGAAUGCAAGGACAGGGGAGUCAAUUGGCCAGCCGCGGCAGGGACCUGACGUUCCGCAUUCUCGCCUCGCGCUCUCACCGGACGGAUCUCGCGCUGUGUCCUGGGACGCCUGGCACUCGAGUGCCAUCCAUAUCUGGGACACUACACUGGAUCACUCCAUUGGACGGUCGCUCAAAGUUCCUAUGGAUGCCACAUCCGACAGCGUGGUAGUGUUCUCGCCCGAUGGCAAGUGCGUCGCAGCCGGUAUCACAAUGCCGAAAGGUCGCGACUUCGCCAUUUGCAAAUGGGACGCGGACACGGGUGACCCCAUCGGCCAACUGCUUGAACUGGCAGGAUCGGCGUGCGACCCGGACGACCGCGAGUUUGUUUCGAUUGUGUUCGCACCCAAUGGCAAGCGAAUCGCUGCAGUAAGCGGAAAUGCUGAAAAUGCUGGGUUGUGGGAUGCAGAGACAGGCACUAAGAUUGCAGCACCAUCGAAUUUUUGGGCAGCUACAUUCUCACCAGACAGCGCAUUCGCUGUGUACGGGGAACCCAGUGGUGCUAUUCAUGUCCGGGACGCGGAGACUGGUGAUGCAAUUGGACAGCCGAUCCAGGGACACACAGAGGGCGUGCUUUCGCUCGCAUUCUCGCCGGAUGGCAAGUUCAUUGCGUCCGGGUCGUAUGAUACCACAGUCCGCGUCUGGUCCUUCGAGCAUGGCAAACUUGCCGGUCAUCGGGUGCUGAAGGGACAUGCAACCUUCGUCAAAUCGGUCGUCUUCUCGCCGGAUGGACGCCUCCUUGCAUCCGCCUCGGAUAACGGGGAGAUCUGUAUCUGGGAUGCAGCCCAGACUACUACGGGGCACACGGAUUCGAUUGGCGAGCGGCCCAGGCACACUAGGGACGUGACGUUGGUCGCAUUCUCGCCGGACGGCAGACAGGUUGCAUCUGCAUCGCUAGACGGAACUGUUCGUGUCUGGGAUGCACAUACAGGUGCUGCGGUCAGAGAGCCACUGCUGGGACUCGGUCAUGACAGCAGUGGCUGCUGGCCAAUAGCCAUCGCAUUCUUGGUGGAUGACAACAAGAUCAAUCUUUGGCGGAAGGAGUCGUCCAUUGAGAUUGUCGAAUCGGCGACGGGCGCCCACAUCGUGGACAUCGACAUGUCAUCCCAAGCCAACUUAACAUCCGCCACGUUCUCGCUGGAUGGCAGGUUUAUUGCAGCCUGCUUCAACGAUCUCACCAUUCGGGUUUGGGAGACAGACACUGGUACCUGUGUUGUGCCGCCGCUCAAGGUCAAAACGAGCGAAACAGCAGUCGCGUUGUCGCCCGAUGGCAAGCUCCUUGCGUAUACCUCCGAUCGUUGGCGGUGUGUUCGCAUUUGGAAUCUCCAAACCCAUAUCGAGCAGUCAUGCAUUGAAGACGCAGACAUAGUGAGGUCACUCGCGUUCUUGCCCGACGGAAAGCACCUCGCGUCCGCGUCGCGUAAGACGGUUCGCGUCUGGGAUGCUCAGACGGGUGCUCUGGUCCUACCGCCUCUCACAGGACACACGGAUAUCGCGGUGAGGUCAAUCGCAUUCUCGCCAGACGCUCGGCACAUCGCAACCUGUUCAGAGGACGACACUAUCCGUAUCUGGGACGUGACCGUUGGGGCAUCGUAUGGACCCCAGAUCGUGACGGGAUCCGGUUCACCCUCCCUCAUCGAUAUCUGGGAGUCGCAUGGUGCGGAGUUCGAUAUGACAUACUACGGAUGGAUCAUCGGCCCCAACAAAGAGCUCUUUGUUUGGGUUCCCCCAGAAUAUCGCACUGGCUUGUUGUGGCCUCGCAUGACUGCAAUCAUAGGCGUACAUCCCGUUCGUCUCGACCUCCGCAACUUCGCACAUGGCUCGAGAUGGGCAGAGUGUUGGCGCUCAACGUGA